CACACGACCUCCUUCUAAUUUCAUAUUCUCUGCUUGAGCAUCCACCGGUAUAUAUGAUCAUUUUGUAAACCUCCAAGCCCUGUUCAGUUGGGGAAAAGAUGUCGUCACGUGAUAUAGAGCCCUCUACCUUCCCUCAACCCCUCAAAGAGGAAAAUAGUGUGAGCAUCUCGAACACCCCUCCGACCCCCAUGCGGAGUAUACCAGGAUGUCCUAAACCCCGUACAUCGAGCGCACGAAACGUCGAUAGAACUAGCACAGCCAUCAAACAGGAGACAACAUCUACAACGCAAGAUUACUUGCUUUCUGUUACCCAGACUGAGGAACCUCACUCCACUACUACCACCAUCGCCACCCAGAAUCGCAGGAAAUACGUCUUUGAGCUUGACUCCGAAGACGAUGACCUCGACGCAAACCUCUCUGUCCUUUCUGGUGCCGCGGCGCGAUUGAAGGCCGUAGCAGAGAACAACGGGAACGAGAUGGGUGUGCAGGGCGAGAUGAUCACGUGUAGGGGGUUAGGUCAACAGGACGAUGAUGUAAAGGAGGGUGUUGUGACAAAUAGGAAGAAUUUAGAGACGAUAACGUAGAGCACGGGUUGUUGUGUCACCGGGAGGACCCCUUUCCGGCUACUAUCCCAUGAUGUGUCUGGCUGGAACCCACCCCAGCGUCCUUUCCCAACUUUCAUCCACAAACAUUCACUCCAUUCAAACUGAUUCACAAAGGGCCACGAACUCAGCUCGAUCCCACCCCCCUUGUGCAGCCCAAUGUAAUUAGAUCGUCUUUCAUGACUCAUGUAGUAUGCUGAAACGAAUUGCAUAUGCAUUCAUCAUCUAU